CACAAAUGAGGGACAAAAAGGAUAAAGCCAUGUACAACACCUACCACAUAAAAGACAUGAUGUUCGUGAGCAAUUGUAAGAAGAAUUUUCUGAAGAUUACAGUAUGUUGUGUGUUUGGAGUAGUGGGGUUAGUAGUCAUGAUUCUUCCACAUGUGCUAAUGUCCAGCCAAGUUGUCCACCACCGACGCCACACGAGGUACGCCACAGACUUAAAAUACAUACUCUUUUGGAGUCACAAAAAACAUAAAAGUUCAAUCCCAACACUCAGCAGACUAACAGAAUUUCAGUCUGGACAGAGAACCUUUAUUGACCAGAAAUGUCGAUAUAUAAAUUGCUAUAUUACUUAUAAUAAGGACAUAUUAAAGAAUGAUGAAGAUUUUGAUGCCGUAGUCUUUGAUUUGAACACUGUUGCUAAAAUGGAUGUAAAUUUCCUCAACCUGACUCGGUCCCCAGACCAGCUGUACAUAUUCAGGUCAUUAGAAACAUCAGAUAAGUAUCCGCUGUGUGAGCAUGAUUUGGAACACUUCUUCAACUGGACCUGGACUUACAAGUUGACGUCCGAUAUACCGCAACCAUUUUUAUCCAUCUAUAAUUCUGUGAAUCGUACAAUUAUAGGUCCGACUAUAAAUAUGCAAUGGACGACUACAGUAAAAAAGACACGAAAAUAUGCAAAUAAAAUCAGACAGAAGAAGAGAGCAGUAGCAUGGAUUCUCACUAAAUGUAAACUAAAAUCAAGACAUGAAGAUUUUAUAAGGGAGUUUAGAUAUGAAUUGUCCGGAUACAAUUAUACGUUGGACAUUUACGGCCCCUGUAGUGCAAAGAAGUGUCCCGGGGGUAGUGCGUUAAAAUGUUACAAAAUGGUGGAGAAGGAAUACUUCUUUCAAAUUGUUGUAGAAGAAUAUUUGACAGAAGACUAUGUAACUGAGGUGAUGGUGGGCGCGAUGUUACACCUGGCGAUACCUAUUGUUCUUGGACCAAGUGAUUAUUCGAACUUCCUACCUCCUGGCUCCUACAUAAAUGCCCAAUCGUUUAGCAUGCCAAAACUUGGAGCUCUCGUCGACUACCUAAUAAGAAAUCCGGACAUGUAUGAAUAUUUCUUUGAUUGGAAAAAGUACUACUAUUACAAAGUUCGUCCAAGGUCACAUGUAUGUGAUCUUUGCCAGAAACUAAACGAGUUUAAUGGGACUUCGGUUACCAGACGUCAUUUCCGACACUGGUGGGACCCAGACUAUAAAGAUGAAUGCCAAAGAUUGCGAUUGUUCAAAUUGUUCAAUACUGAAACUUAA